AGGAACCUAAGUGUUAGAAUUCUCAUUUCCUAGUUACUUAUUAUUACUCAGGACACCCAUGGCACUUGUUUUGACACCCAAACGAGUUUAUCCUCCAGCUGUACUACCUGUACCCUCUCCAGCUAUCCUGCUUUAGCCUUUAAGUAUUGUAAUGACUGCCAUAUUUGGAUAUCAAUGAAAAACCAUCUUUUAUUGUCUUAUUUUCUUUAACUUUCCUUUAAUUCAUUCCCUUUGUGAUGUCAUUCCAUGGCUUCGAUCCCGGGGAUCGUAACAACUGGUAUCAGAGCCCGCACUUGGGGCCUUUCCCGGCGAGUCCGGCUGCUUACGGCGGUGGGAUUUCCGGCAGGGUACAUAAUUGGGAGCUCCCAAUUGUUGAUUCUGGCUGUUACUCUUUCACACCAGAGCCUAUGGCCAAGCUUAAGGGGGUUGAGAAACCACAAUCGCCACCACGAGGUUCCGGCGAAUUGCAAGUUGACAAAGAUCACACAGAUGCUAAGCUGCGUGAGAUGCAAAAAUCUUUUAAGAGUUCGAUGGAUACCUUCAUGUCUGAAUUCAGGGAGGAGCUGCGGUUGUUAAGGGUUUCGUCGCAAUCUCCGGUAAUCCAAGUUGAUAACACACCGAAGUUUGGGUCACAACUGGAUCCUACGAUUGCUACGUCUCUUACAGCGUCGGGGAAGCCAUUAUCGUCAACUACCACUACAGCUGGAGGUAGUAUUCAAAUCUCGGAACCAGAUUUUAAUCUAUCACCUCAUGAAGCAAUAUUGGAAUUGAAUAAUGAUGUAUCUGUUGUGGUGGUAUCUGGAAGUAGUAGUGAAGAUAAUAUUGAUGUUGGUAUGACUGAAAAACUUGUGUUAAAUGUUGAUAAAAAUAUUGUUGGAAGUGCUACUGGAGUGAAAUUGUCUGAUAGUCACGGUAGUGAUGUUGCCAACAGUAUAGUGUGGAGGAAUGAUGCUCAAACUCAACAUACUAGCUUUAGAAAUGGGUCUUCUGCAGGGUAUGGAGAAUUGGGAUCUCAUAAUCAUAAUUUAGUUGGAAGUCUAAGAGUUGAUUUCCAUGAGAGAGAUGAAAAAGAACUGGAAGAUGAAGAUGGUGAAGAUGAUAAUGAGGAUGAAGGGGAAAAUGAUGGUGCAGAGAGUUAUGGAGACGGUUCUUUGAGUUAUAGUGAUGAUUCUCAGAGUGUUGAUGGGCAGAUUGUGACAGAUUCAAAUGAAGAAGUGGUUAUUGAUGAAGAAGGAAGCAGACUACGCAUUAAAAAAGAGGCAUUGCUUGGAGACUCUGAGUUUAUUCAUGACAAAGACCACAUGCUUGAAGAUCAUAAGCAAAGUAUAAUUGUGACUGAUUUUCCCCAAUUAUUGUGGGAUGAGGGAAACGUUUCUCAGGUAAUGAUUCUCAAUCCUAAAUUGGAAGCCACUUUGUUGAAUCGAAACUUGGUUGAAUCAUUUGCGACAAUAGCGGUGUCAAUGCUUGAUUUCUCUAAGCAUGCAAGCAAACACAAGACCAUUGAUUUUGAGCAGUUCAUAUUGUAUCAUUUUGGUAUAAGUGAAUUAAUGGCAACUCUUGAGGUAGCAAACUUACAAGCUUGUCUACCUAACUGGAAAGUUAGAGUAAAAUUUUCAACUUCAAGUCACAAAGGAAAUUUUGAAUAUGACCUGCAUAUUACAAACUUGAUUGAGAGCAUGAGAAUAAAAUUUGUUCACAUGCAUGAGAAGCAAAGUGGAACCAAAUCAUCAGCCCUGCAUUGUUUUGGUUUCAUUAAUUCAAUUAGCAAUAUCGGUAUUCAGACCAUUGUGCCAUCAACUAGUCAUGCCUGGGAUUUUCAAACUCAUCAACUUGGGUCACCCUUGCCUACUUCUGGUCAUUUUGAGGUGAUAAAUUUUGCAAAAGGGCUUCUUGCUUUCCAGAUCUAUUUUUCAAUUGGUACCAUUGGUUCCAAGAUGACAGUCAUUGCUUCCAUAGGUGAGAUCUGCAAUCAAAUACUACAACCUCAAAUGUGCAAUUCUAUAUUUGCAGCAAAUUCUACCAAACUGAGCCCAUUUGUGCUUGUUAUUCUGGACAUUGAGCUACACAAUCAAGAGAGUUUGUCUAGACCAUUAUUUGGUGCUAAUCCGCUUCUAUGUUCUUUGGAUAGUGAUGAUUUCCGGUCUGCAGUGUUCAAUUUUUUUCAUCACUGGCUUUGCAUUGUUCUUGUCCAAGCAUUUGCAAAAUCAGAAGGCUUGUUGAAUCAUGAUCUAGAGGCUCCAGGACCUCAUGAAUGGUUGGCAGGAGCUAUUGAAAUUGGAAAUCCUUAUGCUUUGAUUUUGGCUCAGAAAAUGGGAGAAAAAGUUUAUGUGGCCAGUGCAAGAUUUGGGAAACUUCUGCCAGACCCAUUUAUUCCCAGCAAACUAUUCUAUACUGAUGAAGAUAUUGCAAAGACUUUCCCGUGCAAUUGUGAGGUGAUUAUUGAGGGAUCCCAUCUCCCAUCAUCUCAUGAUUGCAAACACUUGCCUUUUGAUGCUCUGCUUCUUCUCGUACCGAGGUUGCCGGGUUCUCAUAUACCAUUUUGUUUGUCUUCCAAAGUUGUUCAGUGCAUUACUGCUGUGAUUGCCUGUGUUGUGUUUCUAACUGCAGCUUAUGUCCGCUACAAAUUACGUGUUUGUUGUUGCACAGAAAAAGAUUUAAAGCCUGCAAAGAAUGGCCGCAGUGGUUCUCUUUUCCAGAUAUAUAUUGGCAAGAUUCUUCAUGUUGCUUCCAUACUGGUAAUCAAUGAUGAACUUGUUCAAAUUAACAGAGUAGCGAACAUUUGUCUUGAGCACUGCAUAGUUUUUCUUGAGAAAAAAGGUGUCAAGAAUGUGCACAAAUGGGGUUGGUACAAACUCCGAAUUGUAGCAAAUGCUAUAAUGGGAGUUGAUUACUUUUUUCAAGCUGCAACUUUGAAAGAAUUCAGACAAGAGGAUGUAGGAAAUGGUAUUCCACUAGUCUUCGCACCUAGUAUACAAGACAAUGAAGAAGAUGGUGGACUUAUUGUAAAUGAUGAGGAUGUGAGAGCUGGUGUUGUUUUACAUGAUGAUGGAAUAAUGAUUGUGGAAGAUGAUAUUACUGAUGGGGACAAGGAACCUACUAUUCCAUUGCUUUGGAAUAUGUUUGUUCAUUUGCAGCUGCCUCUUUUGGUCAAGAAAGCAACAUUAGCUGAUGAAACAUGCAAAAUUCAAGAAACUAUGGAUGGCUCCAUUAAUGCUAAUUCUCCUCCAAUAUUUUCAGGCUUUCAUGAUCAAGCUCUGAUCAUGAUUUUGUACUCCUUGCAGUUGAUUAGAGCCUGGCACAAAAGCAGGGGUUACUUGCCAUUUGAAGACUCCAAUUAUCCAACAAUGCUUUGGUUCAGUUACAUUUUCCUUGGCCUUGGAGUUACUCUGUGUUCAGGACAUAUUGCUGCAGACACUGCAAAUGGUUAUGGGUUUCAAAUGAUAUCUUGCAAAGGUGCCCAGAUUUUGAUUCAGAACAUGAAACUUGAGGACAAGUUUGUUUAAAGGGAGAUGGAUUGUUAGGAACCUAAGUGUUAGAAUUCUCAUUUCCUAGUUACUUAUUAUUACUCAGGACACCCAUGGCACUUGUUUUGACACCCAAACGAGUUUAUCCUCCAGCUGUACUACCUGUACCCUCUCCAGCUAUCCUGCUUUAGCCUUUAAGUAUUGUAAUGACUGCCAUAUUUGGAUAUCAAUGAAAAACCAUCUUUUAUCGUCUUA